AUGCCCGUCACCUACGGCACCAUCGGCUCAGGCUGGAUCACAGACUCAUGGAUCAGCGCCGCAAGCAAGAGCAAGAAGUGGGAGCUGGUCGCCGUCUACUCGCGAGACCAGGAAAAGGGCAAUGAGUUCGGGAACAAACACGGCUGCUCUACGGUGUUCAGCUCUCUCGAUCAAUUCGCUGCCAACAAAAACAUGCAAGCAGUCUACAUCGCCUCGCCCAACUCCCUCCACUACGAGCAAGCGAAACAGAUGCUGUUAGCACACAAGCAUGUGAUCCUCGAGAAACCUGCAACCUCCACAACCGCAGAGCUCAAUGACCUCUUCAAGAUAGCCAAGCAGAACCGCGUGCUCAUGAUUGAGGCGUAUCGACACAUCCAAGAGGCGAACUUCAAGCUGCUGGAGAAGGUAGUGAAUCAGGAGAAGAGAUUAGGACCGAUCUAUGGAGCGAGCUUUCAAUACGCCUCGUACAGCUCCCGGUACAAUAAUGUCUUGAACGGCGAGACACCGAACAUCUUCUCGCUUGACUUUGGCGGUGGCAGUCUUGUGGACAUUGGUGUCUAUCCUGUGACUUUUGCGGUAGCACUGUUUGGGGCGCCGAAGAGCCAGACAUACGUACCUUAUAUCUGCAGGACAGGGGUGGACGGUGGUGGUGUGAUUGUUCUGCAGUACGACAACUUUGGCGUCCAGAUCAAUCACGCAAAAGCAUACACCAGCUCCGCGCCAUGCGAAGUCUACGGCGAGCAUGGCACAUUGACCAUGAACGCCACGACAGACAUCUCGACGAUCAAGCACUUAAAUUCGCAGACCAAGGAGACGGAGGAGCUCGCUGGUUCGUACAAAACAGCCGAAAAACCUUUCGUGAAUAUGGAAGAGGAGGCCACCGAGUUUGCACGAAUCGUUGAGGAAGAUGACAUUGCUGCAGCAGGGAAGCUGGAAGAGGUCUCGAAGAUUGUCCUCAAUAUUACGCAGGAUCUGAGGAGGCAGAAUGGGAUCCUGUAUCCGGCAGACAAGGAUGAGAAGGAGUCGACGGGUGAGACGAUUGCGCGGGUGAUACAGCCAGUAUGA